ACUGCUGUACUACUGUAGUCUGUAGGGGUUACAGAGCCCUGUAGAGAGAGAAAAUGAUUCCACAAAUAAACCGCAAAAAUUGGGAAUAGGAAAAAGUAUUCAGAAGAGAGAGAGUGUGAGUGAGUGAGUGAGGGGGCCACUUUUUUACCUUUUGUUUAUGAUGCACGCGUCCAUGGCAGAACAGAGAAGGGUAGUACUCCUUCAGCGAAACAAAGAGGAGGAUCAAAGAGUUCUUGAGAGAGAGAGAUAUGGAACUCAAAAGGAAGAGGAAAGGCUGGAGGAAGCACAGUAUAUGCUCUUUGGGUAAAUGGGUCUCUUGAGAGAUUCAUGGCCUUGAGCUUGAUUUGAAGUUUGAGCUUUCAAAAGCCGUCAAACCAAGUCCACAACUUUCAAAUCUGAAAAAACAAAAAAAAAAAACCCAUUUCACUUUCUCUUCAUUCUUGUUCUUCUUUGAUCUUUGUAGAUUUCUGAUCUUUGUAGAUGAGAGGAAUGCAAUACAACUUGCAAGGUAAGGUCUCUUUAGAAGUUGCAGGUUUGGGUUCGCUUUCUUCUUUGGAACCCAAGUGGAAGAAAGAAGGCAGCUGUGGAAGCAACAAACCCAUUUCAGUACUGGACAUUCAGAGGAGUCCGAGCCCGUCAACGUCGACAUCGACGCUUUCUUCAUCGUUCGGCAGCGGAAGAGCCGGCGACGGUUGUGGGUCUGGUUCUACCGAGUACACGGUGAGUGUGGCGGCGGUUUCCGACAAUAACCCCCAUCAGAAAUGGCCUGUUUCGAUGUCGCCGGAAACUGGUCCGGGAGCUGUGACGGAGUCCCUUUCCGCCACCACCGUCGGUGAUGGCGGUGGCCGGAAGGACGAAUUGGGGGUGGAUCUCCAACCAAUUCCUUAUGGGUUGGAGGUGUCUGGAUUGGAAGAUUGGGAGAGUUUGUUGUCUGAAUCAGGCCAAGACCAGUCUCUUCUCCGGUGGAUUUCCGGUGAUGCCGACGAUACCUCGUUCGGCCUCAAACAGUUGUUACAGGGGGACGGCAAUGUUGUUCAAAGCUCGGGUUUCGGUCCCGUCUCGGCCGGAGGCUCUACUGGUAUUCUAUCUGCUGCUUGUGGUUCUGAAAUUUCUUCAAACGACAAUGACAACAGAAGAGUUGGUUCAACAUCAAUGGUUAAUUGCAAAGGUCCCAAUUUUGGGUUGAACAAUUCUAAUCCACAGAACUCCAUUUCGACAUCUUUGCUCAACAAUUUGCCUCCUGGCGUGGUUUAUCAGCAACAAGAGUUUCAAACCCCAGAUGAGAAGCCUCAGAUUUUCAACCCACAACUGUUCAUGAAUCAACAAAUGUUGUCUCAGCCUCAACCAAAGCGCCAAAAUCUGGGUGUUGUAGACCCUCAUUCUGAAAUCCCAAAGGUUGCAUUUGUGGAUCCAAACCACGAGUUUUUACUCCCAAAACAUCAGCAACAGUUGCCACCACAAUUGGGUUUGGCUCAACAGAUGCAGUUACUUCCUCCUUAUCAUCCCCAACAGAAGCCAUUGAUGUUGCCUAAGCAGGACGCGGUGGGCGGCUCAGGCGACCGACUAGGCGCUCGCCACCACCAUCACCACCAGCAGCAGCAACAGGUUAUAUAUGACCAGCUCUAUAAGGCCGCGGAGCUAAUACUGGCUGGGAAUUUCACACACGCGCAUAUGAUAUUGGCGCGGCUCAAUCACCAGCUCUCUCCUGCAGGAAAGCCCUUUCAGAGAGCUGCUUUUUACUUCAAGGAGGCUCUGCAAUUGCUCCUCAUGCCCAACUCAGUCACUUCUCUACCGCCCGCGAAUUCCACGCCAUUCGAUGGCAUGUUCAAGAUGGGUGCUUACAAGGUGUUCUCUGAGGUUUCACCACUAAUCCAUUUCGUGAAUUUCACUUCCAACCAGGCUCUCCUUGAUGCUCUCGGUGAUGCUGAUCGUGUCCACAUAAUAGACUUUGAUGUUGGGUUCGGUGCUCAAUGGGCUUCCUUUAUGCAGGAGCUUCCCGGGAGGAACAGAGGUACCUUGUCAUUGAAAAUCACUGCCUUUGCCUCUCCUUCCACUCACCAUCCUACCGAGCUUGGCCUAAUGCACGAAAAUUUGACACAGUUUGCUAAUGAAAUUGGUAUUAGUUUCGAGCUUGAAGUCGUGAACUUUGAAACUUUCGACCCCAAUUCUUAUUCAAUGCACUGUUUCCAAUCGCCAGAGAAUGAAGCAAUUGUUGUGAAUUUCCCUAUCUGGUCUUGUUCUAGCCGACUGUCCGUUCUUCCCUCUCUGCUUCGCUUCAUAAAGCAGCUUUCGCCCAAACUUAUGGUAUCACUAGAGCGUGGAUGUGAACGGAUGGACCUGCCCUUCUCACACCACCUCCUACACGGCCUUCAAUACCAUGAGGUUGUCUUCGACUCCAUUGAUGCUGCCAAUCUGACUUCAGACACUAUGGCCAAGAUUGAGAGAUUCCUUUUCCUGCCCAGGAUUGAGAGCACUGUGUUGGGGCGUUUAAGUGCCCCGGACAAAAUGAUACAUUGGAAAGCCCUCUUUGCUUCUGCAGGGUUCUCGCCGGUUGCAUUCAGCAAUUUCGCUGAAACUCAGGCUGAAUGUGUGGUGAAGAGAACCCCAGGUAGGGGAUAUCAUGUAGAGAAGCGCCAGGCUUCGCUCAAUCUAUGCUGGCAGCACCGGGAGCUCAUGUCAGUUUCAGCUUGGAGAUGCUGAGCAGCAGCAAUUAGGCAGACGAGAAGAAUGGUAUUUAGUAAUGCACAUUUUCUUGCUGAGUUUCUAUCUGACUACUAUGUGAUGUGAUAUUAAGUUUGAAUUAUGGUGGUGACAACUAUUUUAUGGCUUAAAUUCCUGUCUUGCUUGUGUCUCUUUUGCUUAUCAUCUAUCCGUCCGAGACUCGUAAAUGUACUAGUUUUCACGGAAAAUUUUAUGUAACUGCAAAUUUUGUAGUUUCAUUUCUUUGAACAUAUUGCUGCUAUGAUAUUUUGAUAUGUAGACAAAGAGGCUGCACUUUUUCUGGCUAA